AUGAAUUCUCUAUCAAGUCAAAUUCAAAAUAUAACACAAAUUGCUUUAAAUAGGAUUGAAAACUUCCAGAAGAGAAAAUUAGUACCAACAAGUCGACCAAGUAAAAAAACCAAACUUCAAACUGUUCAUAGAGCAAAAUGGGGUCCGCUUAAAAAGGAAUUUAAUUUUUCAUCAUCUGACCAAAACUCUUCAACUUUUACAGAAGAUCAAGAAAACCUGCCCUCCUUCUUGAAUUAGCAAAAUUAUUGAAAAAUUUUACUUUUUAUGAGAAACAAAUACACAAACUAAAAUUUAAUAUAUAAAUAAUGAUUACUAAUAUAGAAUUUCUUGAUAAUUUUAUUAAAUUUUAAAUAGCUUGUAAUUCCAAAAAUAAAUUUUAUUUCAAAAAAUUGUAAUAUCCUGGUUUUAAAAUUUAUAAAAAUUUAAAAAAUAAUUUAAACCUUCAAGUAAAAAUAUAUUGCUAGCUCACAGAAAGGAAGAAGUAAGCAUUUCUCCAACUUCCAGCUUUACAAACAGCGACCAAAUCGAAAGAUUAAACAAAGAAUUAGAACAAGCAAAAUUGACACUGCAAUUUUUACAAAAUUCUUUGAAAGAAAUGUCGUUAGAAAAUUCUUCUCUAAAAGAGCUACUAUCACAGUCAGAAUCAUACCGAAAAUUAUUGCAUGCUCAGCUGCAAGAACUUCGAGGACCGAUCAGAGUUUUUUGUCGUGUUAAGCCGUUUACUAAUAAAAAUUAUGUAAGCUAUCCAGAAGCUAAACUUCAAGAAAACUAUUUGAGGACCAUAACAAUAGAAAAGGAUGGCAUUGCUCAAACUUUUACUUUUGAUCGGGUUUUUCGUGAAAGCACAACCCAAAAUGAAAUAUUUGAAGAAAUUAUUCCAUUUUUACAAAGUGCUAUUGACGGAGAACAUGUCAGUAUUUUUUCAUAUGGACAGACUGGAAGUGGGAAAACCUAUACUCUUGAAGGCUCAGAUUUUGAAGAAAACGCUGGGAUUCUGCCAAGAGCUGCAUCUUGAAUUUAUAAAUAUUUAGAAAAAUGCGGAGUCCAGUCAAGUCUUCAGAUCAAAUUAUCGUGCAUAGAAGUUUAUAUGGAGCAGGUAACUGAUUUACUAAGUGACCACUACAACGUAUUAAAGCUAAAAGCAAAUAGCAAAGGCAGCUUACUCUAGCUUCUCUUUAAAUAAAGCAAAAGUAUUGGAAUAAUAAAAAUGCCUUUAAAAAAUUAAAUCCCUCAUAAUAGAUAAAAAAUAAUUAAACAUAAUUACAAUUUUUAUAACGAAAUCUAUUAAAUUUUUAGUUAAUUUGCAUUUUAAACUUAAAUUUAUAAAUUAAAAUAAAUUUAUCUUUUCAAAUAAGAUUUUUUGAAAAAAAUUCUUUUAUAUUAAAUUUUUACCCCUUCAGAGGAAAAUAAACUUAUCCAGCUGUCAAAGGAAAGAGUUAGAAGUUGAAGGAAUAUCAUGGCAUCAAGCUGAAUCUUUUGAAGGGUUAUUAAGGCUAAUAGGAAUUGCUUCUAAUGGAAGAAUGACAAGAUCUACACAUUUAAAUAAUGGCUCUUCCCGAGGGCACACAAUUUACCAAAUAAGGAUUGAAGGACUGACAAUGUAUGGUAAUGAGAUCAAGGGGAAAUUAAGCGUUAUUGACUUAGCUGGAUCAGAAAGGGCCAAUGUGGAAUCAUACUCAGAUAAAUCCCAAAAUGAAAUUGAAGCUAUGAAAGUAAUUUUGUCAGAAGCCAAAUAUAUCAACACAAGCUUAUCUUGCUUGAGGAGAGUCAUUUUAGCACUCCUAGCCAGAAGAAGCGGAAACAGUCAAAUUCCUCCAUAUCGCGAAUCUAAAUUAACUAGGCUGCUUCAAGAUUCCUUAAAUAGUGGCAAAGUUGUGAUGUUGGUAGCUAUAUCUCCUGAUAAUUUUUCUGAGACAAGAGAGAGCUUAAAAUUUGGUGGGCAAGCUCAAGUAGUUAAUACAUAA